AUGAAAUAUCUGGCCGCUAGUAAUAAAAACAUCAUUCGAUAUAAUUUCCGUCAUAUGUACACGAAACGGUUAUUUAACUUCAAAUUUAUACCCUCUCCUAAUCUGAAGACCAAAAAGAAACAACAGAAGCGUUUCGAUCGAACUUGCAAUAGAGUUUUUAAUACCCGCUACAAUUCAGCAUGUAUUAGUUUCGAAGAGAAACUUAAAGUUACUCGAAAAAAUCAUUUUAUUUUUCACAAAUAUCAAACUAUUCACAAGACCCUCUCACAUCUCACCUAUUCGAAGAAAUCGGUAAUUCCCGAUGCUAAUGCUUACCCGUUUAACAUUCCAUUUUACGAACCGAUAGGUGGACCUCCGGUCCCUAAAGAAGACCUCCUCCUAGAUGAACCCAAAUUGGUGUUCUCCAGUGUAUUCAAAGUUGAUCUACCUACUAAUGCACUUCGAUUGUGCUUAAAUUCAUCAGGAAUCUCGAUGAAUGAUUUUAACUUUAACAAAUCUACAAACAAUUUGACAUCUAACGAUGCUAUUACGUUCUCACCACGUCCCGCGCACACCAUGGUCACCACCGUGGAAAAUUACAACCCGUUCCGAGAGACCUUAGCUGAUAAAUUUAAACCUUUCGUCCCUAGGUCUCCUAUUUAUGAUGAAUACGGACGUUAUUUGCCACCUGAAUCUGGAGAAUGGUUACGAGUUGUUAAGAACUCAUACGCAUUAAGACAUCAACCCAACCUGGUGGUCGAGCUUCAGGAAUCACUUUCCAAUAGGCGUCCUAAACUCAAGCCUAAAGAAAUACAACGUCAGUUAGAUAAGGCCAAACGCAAAUCAACUCUACACACUUAUCAUGGCACCAGUGCCAAACACCUUCAACGUCGUCUAGAUACUACGACUCACCUUACCACAAUACAGACAACCUAUCACUGGUUCAUGAACUAUGCGACCGGUAAUUGUCCACACCGCAUGUACCUGCGUGAACUUAAACGUUACCAGACUUAUCUGGACUCACCCCCGAAAAAUUAUAUGCUUCCACACCUUGAGGACAUCGCCUAUAAUGACACCUCUGACGAUACUAAAUGCCUCGAAGUUCAUCCCAAGAAACGGGACACUACUACUAACCUCUGUGAUCGUUAUCUUCACAGAGACCAAAUUAAACGUAUACGACUGGAUACGGGUUACCCUACUGACUCCCCUGUUUCUAGUUCAAUCUAAUCUUAGAUUUUAUUAAUUUUACUAUACUUUAUGUACACAUUUGUAAUGAGUUCAAAACUUUAGCAGCUUCCUUUCCUUCUUUUACACUAAUCAAACCUUACCCCUUAUUAGCGUAAAUAGAAGUUUAAUGAAUUUAGAACAAUUAAGAAUAGUGUGAAUCAUUCCACCUCUGACAGUAUUUACAGGUGGUCGCCCAUGUGGGCGAAAAGAAAAAUACAGGCUGUUACUUUUUUUACGUUUUGGUUGUUA